CUUGCAGUGCAGCAGAUACAGAGCAGGUCCUGGUCAGUAGUUACUGCUGUGGUGUCUGGAGCCUCUUCUUCUCUCUGGUAUCAGCCAUUUCUCCAGAAUCCCCCUUUAUCCCCAUUGCUGGGGGCUCUGAGAAGCGGGGUCUCUCCAGGAGCAGUAAGUGCGGUUCUGGAUCUCACUAAUGCUCUUGUCCCUGGAGGAUUUCCAGCCUCUCCUCUCCUCAUAAAGUCCUGUGCAGUACUAGAAGCCUCCAGUUCUCUCCUCUUCUCCUGACUGACCACCAAGGAUGGACAGGAAGGAGAUCAGCAAAAGUAUAUUAGACUUCACCUUUAAGAUCAUCUCCCUGCUGAGCGGAGAGGAUUACACCAUAGUGAAGAAGACAUCGGGGAAGAUUCCCAUUAUCCAUAAAUCAGAAGUGUGGACCCUCAUCACAGAGCCUCCCCCCCUGAUACAUGAGCAGAAGAUCCUAGAACUCACCCACAAGAUAAUUGAGCUGCUGACUGGAGAGGUUCCUGUAAGGUAUCAGGAUGUGGCGGUCUAUUUCUCCAUGGAGGAGUGGGAGUAUAUAGAAGGACACAAGGAUCUGUACAAGGAGGCCAUGAUGGAGGCUCCCCGGCCUCUGAUAUCACCAGAUGGAUCCAGGAGGAGAAAUCCCCCCGAGAGAUGUCCCCGUCCUCUGUAUUCCCAGGACUGUCCAGAGGGGAAGUUUCCAGAGAACCAUCAGAUGACAAAUCAGGGGGAAGAUGUGACUGAUAUUAAAGUGGAGGAUGAAGAAGAGCGGAUGAUGGGCGAUCCCCCGUGUAAGAGUGAGGUGGAGCAGGACAUUCCAGUCCACGUGACCACAGGUGGACCUAUUAGGAGAAAUCAACCAGAGAAAUAUCCCAGCUCUCCGUGUUCUGUUAAUUACCCAGUGGAAAAUCCUUUAUGUUUUAUUAAUGACACCCAACUUGGGAAUCAUCAGAGAGGUCACACAAGGGAGAAUUCAUAUUUAUGUUCAGAAUGUAAGAAAUGUUUCAUUACUAAAGAAAAACUUAGGUAUCAUCAGAAAAUUCACAAAAGGGGGAAGACAUUCGCACGUUCCAAGUGUGGGAAAUCUUUAAUAAAAAAAUCAGUUCUUGUUAUUCAUAAAAAAAUUCACACAGGGGAGAAGCCAUAUUCAUGUUCAGGAUGUCAGAAAUGUUUUCAAAAUAAAUCAGUUUUUGUAAGACAUCAGAGAAUUCACACUGGUGAGAAACCAUUUACAUGUUCAGAAUGUGGGAAAUGUUUUACACACAAAUCAAAUCUUGUUACACACGAGAGAAUUCACAUAGGAUCAAAUCCAUAUUCAUGUCCAGAAUGUGAGAAAUCUUUUACAAGCAAAUCAAGUCUUGUUAGACAUCAGAAAAAUCACACAGGAGAGAGGUCGUACAUCUGCUCAGAAUGUGGGAAAUGUUUUGUUACUAAAGACAACCUCAAGCUUCACGAGAGAUAUCACAGGGGAGAGAAGUCGUAUUCAUGUUCAGAGUGUGGAAAAUGUUUUGUUACUAAAAACAAGCUCAAGCUUCAUCACCGAACGCACACAGGAGAGAAGCCAUAUUCAUGUUCAGAAUGUGGGCAAUGUUUUACACAUAAAUCAAAUCUUGUUACACACAAGAGAAUUCACACAGGGUCGAAGCCAUAUUCAUGUCCAGAAUGUGGGAAAUCUUUUACAAGCAAAUCAGGUCUUGUUAGACAUAAGAGAACUCACACAGGAGAGAAGCCGUAUCCGUGCUCAGAAUGUGGGAAAUGUUUUGCAAGUAAAUCAGAUCUUGUUAAACAUCAGAAACGUCACACAGGAGAGAGGUCGUACUCAUGCUCAGAAUGUGGGAAAUGUUUUGUUACUAAAGACGGCCUCAAGCUUCACGAGAGACAUCACGGGGGAGAGAAGUCGUAUUCAUGUUUAGAGUGUGGAAAAUGUUUUCUUACUAAAGACAAACUCAAGCGUCAUCUAAGAACUCACACAGGAGAGAAGCCAUAUUCAUGUUCAGAAUGUGUGAAGUGUUUCGUUUCUAAAGCCUACCUCCUAGUUCAUCAGAGAAGUCACACAGGAGAGAAGCCAUAUUCAUGCUCAGAAUGUGGGAAAUGUUUCAGCAGAAAGUCAAAUCUUGUUACACAUCAGAGAAUUCACACAGGAGAGAAGCCAUAUUCAUGUUCAGAAUGUGGGAAACGUUUUGCAAAAAAAUCACAUCUUGAUACACAUCAGAGAAUUCACACGGAACAGAAGCCAUAUUUAUGUUCUGAAUGUGGGAAAUGUUUUACACAAAAGGCAAAUCUUGUUGCACAUCAGAGAACUCACACAAGAGAGAAGCCAUAUGCAUGUUCAGAAUGUGGAAAAUGCUUUACACAAAAGGUGAAUCUUGUUGCACAUCAGAGAAUUCAAACAAAAAAGAGAGGUUAUAUUCAUGUUCAGAAUGUGGAAAAUGUUUUACAGAUCAGAUCUAGUCAUACAUAAGAAAACUCAUAAAAGGGGAGAAGCACUUUUCAUGUUCAGAAUGUGGGGAAUAUUUUAUUACUAAAGCCAUACUUAAAGCUCAUCAGAAAAAUACAAUGGAGAGAAGUCAUUUUGAAGUCAUUUGAUGAGUCAAAAAUCAAGAUUCAAUUUUGUAAAAAAAAAUUAUUCCAUGAUUUAUUUUAUCUUAAGGUUAUUUGUUAUAUGCUUUAAUUUCAAAGUAAAAUUGAGACAUUCAAUUAAACAUUAAAGGGGUUGUCUCACUUUAGCAAAUGGUGUUUAUCAUGUAGAGAAAGUUAAUACAAGGCACUUACGAUUGUGUUGUGAUUCUCCACGUUGCAUCCUUUGCUGGCUAGAUUCAUUUUUCCAUCACAUUAUACACUGCUCAUUUCCAGGGGUUACGAACACCUCUGCAGCACAGAUACGAGGUGAUCGGGACAGGAAAUGCUGCACAUGUGUAACACAGUCCUGGCCACUAGAGAUGGUGGAGAUUUUUCCUAUAGUGUACAAGUACUACUAUCACUGCUGGACUGCAGGGUGAUCAAAGACCCUAGAUACGAGCAGUGUAUAAUGC